AUGUCUAAACAAAGGUUCCAACAAAAAGAUGAUGAAAUUCUCAUCCAGUCAAGGCCCAAUGUUUCAAAGGAUUCAAUUGUUGUGGUUGAUAAAAAAGGAGAUAAUUUUCUGAAGAAAAUUGGUGAAGCUUUUAACAAGUAUCGUGACAUCAAUUACAAAGAGAGAAAACUGACAACGCUAAAAGAUGAAGGUGAAAUGUUUACAUUUGAGGCUGCAUGGAGAUUAUUGAAAGAAGAACCUAAAUGGCUCGCAGGUUUAUCGGAAGCUUAUGCUAAAAGAACAAAGAAUUCAACUUCAGGAGCAUAUUUUUCAUCUUCUAAUCCACUAAUACCAACGAGCAGCGAAUAUAAUCUACCAUCACCUACUUUAUCAUGUCGUCCAAUCGGUCAAAAGAAAGCCAAAAUGAAGGAGAAAGAAAAGCUUGUGAAACUUUCUUCUACUCCCAAUGUCAAAUAUGAUUUUUUGAAAGAUUACUUCAAUAAUUCAUUUGAUGUCAAUGUUUGCACGAGACUAUGCACGUAUUGA